AUGAGCACAACCUUCUUCCCACCUGCUACUCACAUCGACUGCACUUCCUGCUUCACGCCUGUGAAUAAGAUUCUCCCGAGUGUGCAACUUGCUUUUGCUUCUGAGGUCCUCAAAAUGGCGCCAGAACCCAUGGAUCUAUCAACUCCCAUGAAGGAGGAGAACGAGGCUGGUGACAUCCAGACCCCAACUCCCACUCCUACCCCGCGCAAGCGCGGUCGUCCAGCAAAGGCCACGACCAGCGCUGUCAGAACCCCAAACUUCCCAACUAAGGGUACUACUCCCAAGGACACUGCCACCGAAGGUGAUGGUGAAGGUGAUACCAACAACGAAGUGUCCCCAAGCAAGAAAAACAAAGUCAAGACCAAUGCCAAGAAGGCCAUGGGUCCCAUUCCGACCUCCUACGAGGCGAUUGGCGAAUCUGACCGGUUGAUCCUGCGCAUGAGAGACGAGGAGGGUUGCGCGUGGCCGGAUAUCACUGCCGCGUGGAUGGCCAUAACUGGCAUCACGGUGGGAAAAACGACCCUGAGAAUGAGAUACUGCACAAUGAAGAAUAACUUCGUCUCGGUGGAUACUGAGGAUGAGCCCCGUCUCCUGAAGGCCAAAACCGAAGUCGAAGAGCGUUUCGAAGUCGAGAAAUGGGCCAAAAUCGCCGACCAAAUCGUCUCCGACGGCGGCAAGAAAUACCCUCCCGCAACCCUGCAGAAGAAGUUUAAGGCGAUGACGAGCGUGGCCAAGGCUGGUGCUGCUGCUGCUUCCCCUGCCCGUGGAUCCCUUUUUAAUAAACCUACCUUGGCUGGCGCUGGUAAGGCCAACGUUAAUAUCGGUGUCGAGGAUGAGGAAGCAUGA